ACUGCAAGGAACCGGAGUUUAGGAACCGGAGAGAGCACUUCAUGCUUCUCAUUCUCGUUCUAAAGCACUGAUAAAGCUUCUGCUGAUAAAAGCGAAAAUUAAUAGUAAAACCUUUCUCUUUCCUCAGGGUUGUGCUCAGAGGAAGCUCUAAUUUCCGCCAGCCGUUGCGUUUUUAUGGUCCGGAAGGUUUUUGUAUUAUUGUUGAUUCUCAAGAACUGAGAGAUUCUCUGCUCCGUGAUUGGGGAAAUUGAGCCUUGACGAAUACUGUAGAGUAAAUAAAAAUGGAACAGGCUAGGUCACGUUCAAGAGUUCGAGGCUCGGGCUCAACGCCAUCAGAGGAAUCAUCUUUGGAUCUUGAGAAAUACUCUUGCCAACCUUCCUUCAGUCCACCAUCACUUCAACCCCAUGCAUCAGCUGGGCAACAUUGCGAGAGUAGUCUUGCAUACUUUUCAUGGCCUUGCCGAAUAAAAGAUGAUGCUGAAGAGAGGGCAAAUUAUUUUGCGAACUUACAGAAGGGAGUCCUACCCGAAAAUCUUGGCCAUUUGCCAGAAGGGCAGCGAGCAAAUACCUUGCUGGAGCUGAUGACAAUAAGGGCAUUUCACAGCAAAAUCUUGCGGUGCUACAGCCUUGGUACAGCAAUUGGUUUUCGUAUUCGGCGUGGUGUUUUGACAGACAUACCAGCAAUACUGGUUUUUGUAUCACGGAAAGUUCACAAGCAGUGGCUUACCGAAAUCCAAUGUCUACCAACUGCUUUGGUGGGACCAGGAGGCGUAUGGUGUGAUGUAGAUGUGGUGGAAUUCUCAUAUUUUGGUGCCCCAGAACCUGCGCCAAAGGAGCAGUUGUACACUGAAAUUGUUGACGACCUCCGUGGAAGUGAUCCAUAUAUUGGUUCUGGUUCUCAGGUUGCGAAUCAAGAGACUUAUGGGACUUUGGGUGCAAUUGUGAAAAGCCAGACCGGUAGCAGACAAGUUGGUUUCCUCACAAAUCGGCAUGUUGCAGUCGAUCUAGAUUAUCCAAAUCAGAAAAUGUUUCAUCCUUUGCCACCAACCCUCGGGCCUGGAGUUUAUCUUGGUGCAGUUGAAAGAGCAACUUCAUUCAUUAGAGAUGAUCUCUGGUUUGGGAUUUUUGCAGGCAUCAAUCCAGAGACAUUUGUAAGAGCCGAUGGUGCCUUCAUCCCUUUCGCAGACGAUUUUGACAUGACAGCUGUAACUACAUUUGUGAAGGGGAUCGGAGAGAUCGGAAAUGUGAAAACUAUAGACUUACAAUCUCCAAUAGACAGUCUUGUUGGAAAGCAAGUGAUGAAAGUCGGAAGAAGUUCUGGAUUGACUAGUGGAACUGUAUUGGCAUAUGCUCUUGAGUACAACGACGAAAAGGGGAUAUGCUUUCUGACUGAUUUUCUCGUCGUUGGUGAGAAUCAACAAACAUUUGAUCUCGAAGGUGACAGUGGAAGUCUGAUCAUAUUAAAGGGCGAAAAUGGGGAGAAGCCGCGACCAAUUGGGAUAAUCUGGGGCGGAACAGCCAAUCGUGGCCGUCUAAAGCUAAAAGUUGGGCAGCCUCCAGAAAACUGGACUAGUGGUGUUGAUCUUGGCCGCCUGCUCAAUUUCCUCGAGCUUGAUAUCAUCACUUCAGACGAAGCCCUGAGAGUUGCAGUUCAAGAACAAAGAGCUGCUUCCAUGACAAUGGUUGGAUCCAGCGCUGGCGACUCGUCACCUCCCGAUGCAAUGCUCCCAAAGGAUAAAUCUGAGCCUUUAGGCCUCCACAUCCAGCACAUCCCUUUGGAGGAUGCUGCCGGCGCACCAGACAUCAACUCGUCCCCUGCAGAAACUGCAUUUGAUCUGGAAGAAGGGAUCAACACAGGCCCGAGCUUCGAGCAUCAGUUCAUCCCCAGCUUUAUUGCGACGCCUAUAAUGCAUCACAACGAUCAACAAGAUAGGCCGGAAACUGAGAAUCUCUCUGUGCUGAAGAAUGCUUGUGGUGAGGAUCUCAGUUUUUCGUUGCAAUUAGGGGAGAAUGAACCGAAACGGAGACGAUCGGAGCCCUCGCCGAGGAAGGAAGAACCAAAAUGAAAAGAUUACUAUAUAUAUCGUCGUCUUUGAUUAUACAUGUAUGCGGCACGUGCGGCACGUGCUUACAGUUACAAGUUUGAUGGGCCUAAAUGAGCCCAGUGGGCUAGACAAAUUAAAUAAAAUGUGGCCCAUUUAGUUAUUGGGCAGCGAGCUGUAGAAGGGAAGGUCUUAAUUUA